CACUUGCAUUGGGGCGGGAAUAUGCGUGUGCGUGUGGCUGCUAACGCACGUAGAGGAUUGGAAAAGUUGUUCUUGCAUGGAGUAGCACCUUAGCUAACACCUGUGCCCGCGUGCUUCGAAACAACAAACAUCUGAGGUCGAUAGAGAAACAGAGAGCAGCCAUUAUUGCUGUCAGUCAAAUUCAUGCCUUUUUUUUUUUUUUAAAAGCAUGGUUAGGACAGAAACUUUCGCUUUCUCAUCCUCCCUUCAACAACUUGGUUUUGCUACCAGCUAAGUCUUCCUCUUUGAAACACAGCUACCCAGGUGUAAUAAUCUACUGUGAAGCACGAUGAGUCUGGCUCUGCAUGAUUUACUGGUCUGCUGCAGAGGACUGGAAAAUGAUAAAGCUACUGAGAGAAAGAAAGAAGCUGAACACUUCAGACGGCUCCUUCGAUCUCCUGAGGUUCUGCAAAAGCUGGAUUGUGCCUCAUCAACCAAACCUAAAGCGUCCAAACAGCUCACAUGGGACAAUGUUUUCAGGUUCCUGCAGCAUUAUGUCCAGAAAGAGACAGAAAGUCUUCAAUCCAGUAGAUCCAACGUGACGGCAACUACGCUCACCAUACGGCAGAAGAAGAUGGCGGAAGUGUGCAGUUUGAUUAAGUACUUCAUUCGUUACGCAAACAAACGUGGUCCUCGUCUAAAUUGCGGAGAGCUUCUGAAACAUGUGAUGGAUGUUCUACACGACUCCUACCGCUGCUCGGCUUACGGAGAAAAUUACAGCAGCAUCCUUUUAAAGAACGUCCUCACCGUCCGCAAGUACUGGUGUGAGAUCUCCCAGCAACAGUGGCAGAGUCUGUUGGAUUUGUACUGUGGCUUUUUUAACUCCUCCUCCAAUUCCAUCAACCGCAUUUUGCUCAGCAGAGUCAUCCACACUUUGGUGCAGGGCUGCUGCACGCAGACCGACACGUUCAGCGAUGCUCUGUUCAGCUUUUUCACCAAAGCCCUGCUGAACGCCAGGCGGGAGAAACACCUGUUGGUCUUGGAGCAUCUGGUCUCGGCUCUGAACGUCUUCCUGAGGUCGGCGGCUGUGAACCGCAGGAUGAGAGUGUGCCGUCUGGGAGAGGAGCUGCUGCCUUCUGUGCUGCACGUGUGGGCAGAGAUGAGGCCGAGUGCGCCGCUUAAAGAGGAGAUCGUGGACUUUUUAAACCUGCAGAUGUGCAUUCACCACCCGAAAGGAGCCAGGACACAAGACACAGGCGCUCAUGCUGAAGACUGGACAGGGUGGCGUGGUCUGCUGUACGACCUAUACGACUCCUUGGUCAAAGAAAUCAGCCAGAUCGGCAGCAGAGGGAAGUACGCCACAGGGAGCAGACACAUCGCUGUCAAAGACAAUCUGAUCGAGCUUACAGCCGACAUUUGUCACCAGCUGUUCACUGAUGACAGUGGGAGCCAUGUGUUGGAGGUCACGCAGGCCCCCCACAGAGCCACACAGAUGGGGAGUCCCUCCCACGGUGCAGCCAGUAAACGUCGUCGUGUUGAAAUUGGCUGGGAAGUCCUCCGCGACCGUCUGCAGCCUCAUUACGAUGACUUCAACGUCAUCCCUUGGUUGCAGAUCGCCUCAGUGCUCACCUGUAAGUACCCGUCUAUGGUGCCCAGUCAGGAGCUGGUUCCUCUGCUCGUGGCGCUGCACCAGCUCCUGGCAGAGCAGCGCAGAGGUGAGAGGAGCCUGUACGUGCUGCGCUGCCUCAGGGAGGUGGCGCACUGCCAGGCCCGCUGUCCGCACAAAACCCAGGCCCACAGAGCUGAGCUGGACCGGCUCUGGCUUCGGAUUUGGGCUCUUUGUGUGCGAGGUGUCAGCUCACCCCACACGGAGUCCCUCUGUCUGGAUCUGCUGGCCUCCAUCGUGCACAGAGGGCUGGUGAAUGUAGACAGAGAGUUCUGGAAGCUCUUCUCUGGGUCUGCAUGUAAGCCAUCCAAGAGUUCUGCUCUCUGUCUCGCCCACACACUUCUUAAGUGUUCCGUCCCGCAAAGCGUCUCGUCGAGCUCCCUCUGGGACUAUCUGGGAGCUACAGAGGGAUCUGCAUCUCCGUAUUUGAAGGAAAACCUCAUGGCUUGGCUGCUGAUGAGCAACCAGAGCGAUGAGACAGAGGACAGCAGCAGGCCUCAUCCAAUCAUCUGCAGAGAUUUUCCUCACAAUCUGAUAGCAAAUAUUUUGGUCUCACUGAUGCUGAAAGACACAAGAGUUGGUCUGAAGUUCUUGCUGGGUGAAAAAGGAGUUACAAGCGGCUUUUUGCCAGAUCAACUAGCAUCUGAGGGCAAAGAAAACCUGGAGGAGAUUGAGCAACUUUACCUGCAGUUUAGCUUUAACGCACCAGAGAUGCGACCACGAGUCAACGAGUUUGUCAAGACGCCGUCAGCCGACACUCAGCUUCCCGCGGUCCCCAGCCUCCGAAACAAGCUGGAUCAGCUGGUGCUUUCAGUGGCAGACAAUCUGCUCAACUGUUACUCACCCAACUCUCCGUCCAUCCCUCCGGAGUGCUUGGUGCGCUGUUUUGCUCUGCUGGUUGGCGUUCUGGCGGGCUACAUCUCUACGGGAUGUUUGUCUCAGGACGAGGCCAGCCGCUCACAGCUCCUCACCAAAGCUAAGGCUCUGGCUCAGGAACUCAGCGGGUUUGUUUCCAGUGUGAAAGUGAAAAUGUCGGACGAAGGAGCCAUGUCUAGUCUCCGAUCAGUCAUGAAGCUGUGCACUCAGUCUGCAAGCAGAAAAUCCAAGGUCCGUGUUGACGCCGUCUCCUCUGGUUUGUUCGUUCUGGCUCUACCAGCCAGCCUCAUUAGUGAAUUAGCUGAAAUCUGCAAACUGCUGCUACACAGUUCAUCUAAAAGAGCAAGCAUUGCGGACGAUGAUGAGCAAAUGGAGGAUGACUGGGAGAUGACUAAAGCUCAGCCAGCCGAGGAUACGCAUGACCUGUUUGAUGAGGAUGAAGCGUCCAGCAGCUUCAUUGGCGCUCACAGACAGAAGGGAGAUGGGGUCGACCCCUCCUGCCCCCCAGGCGCUAAAUGUCUGCUGGCAGAGGAGAACCUGUCGCAGCAGGACACGGCCCUCCUGGCAACGCUGGCGUUCCUGUGCGAGUGCGGUUCCGUCCCUCCUGCUCACGGUCUGCUUUUCAAACCUCACGAGGUGCGGCGCCGGCUGCUGCUGUUCCUGGAGCAGAUGGAUUUCAGCAAAGCCCUGCACCUCAACAUGUAUCUCGUCCUGCUGAAGAACCUUCCUGCUGAAGACUCGCUCUCUGCAGAGGAGUUCGAUUUGCUCCUCCGGCCUCUCGGGGAUCUGUGCGGUCUGUACCGUCAGGAUCAGGAGCUCUGUGCUGCUGUGCUGCUCAGCUUGUUACCCUCAGUAAAGAGUCUGGGGAGAGCUCGGCCCGCGCUGGAGGACAUGAAACACGUCCAGGGGUGUCUGCUGCAAGUGGUGUCUGGGUUUUGUAUCUUAAGCAAGACAGGAAAAUGUUCGGCGUCCGUGAGAGCGGCUUUAGUGCGGUGUCUUGUCGCUUUGCUUGAGGCGGACCCACACUGUAACUGGGCUAUUUUGAGUUCCAGAAGGGACAAAGCAGAGGAAGAACGGCAACUGUCUUAUGUCCUUCCAUCUUACCUUGCAGAUAAUGACCACUAUGUCCGUAUGCAGGUGGCUACAUCAGUGGAGAGGCUGUUUCUGGAGAUGAAACCAGAAUAUCCAGAAAUGAGGAAGAUGAUGCCACUGAAACACCAGCAACAAGCUUUUGAGCACAUUUACCUGAAGGCUCAGGAAGGAAUGAAGCCUCCAGGAAGCAGUCAUUCAGAGGAUGAGCAGGACGAGGGCUUCAACCGGAAGGCCACCCUGCUGAAGAGCUUGUCGGUUGUGCUGUGUUGCAGCCCCGUUUGUGAAAAACAGUGUCUGUUUGCACUUCUCCAGUCCUACAAAGAAAACAACAUUGAGGAGCAGCUCAUCAAGAAGGUGUUGUUGGGUGUGUCGAAGGUUCUGGGCUACAAGAGUGUGAAAUCGUUCAUUACUUCCCACCUGAACUACUUGGUAGCUGAGUGGCUGUCUCAGAGGCAGUCUGAUGACCGCUACACUCUCGGCUCCUUUCCCUACAGUCUGCUCGACCACGACUCCGUCAAAGACUUCUACGGUUCCACCUACCAGGUGCUGAUCCCUCGCCUGGUCUUCUUGGACGACUUUGAGCAGGUGAAAUCCAUCGGCAGGUGCCUCGAGGAGGACUGGAGGCAACUGUUGGCCAAGUGCUUCCCCAAGAUCAUGGUCAACAUUCUGCCGUACUUUGCGCUGCCUGGUCAGGAUCCACAGGCUGCAAAGCAGAGAGAGAAAGCUCACAGAGUCUACAACCUGCUGAAAGACAGCAGCUGUCUGGGGAAACAGCAAAUCGACAGCCUGAUCCACAGUAACCUGGCCGACAUCGUGGUGGAGCUUCUCAUGACUCUGUGUGAGCCGAGUGGAGCUGAAGCAGCCAGUGGAGACCUGCGACGCUUCAUCGGAGAGCUGGAUCCGGCACCAAAUCCGCCCUGCUUCAGCUCUGAUGUCAUCACCGCUACCAUGGACUACCUCAGCAAGUGUCACAGCGCCAACCACAAGUCCCUAGUCGCUAUUCUGUCAAAAACUCCGAUUUCCAUUCAGAGGAUUCUGUUGGCGGUGUGUGAGAGAGCAGCAGAGACGGCUAACGGCUACGAACGCCACCGCAUUUUGCUCAUGUACCACCUGUUUGUCAGCCUGCUGCUCAGGGAGGUAAAAGACGGCCUGGGGGGCGCCUGGGCCUUCGUCCUCCGGGACGUCAUCUACACCCUCAUUCACCACAUCAACAGCAGACCGCUGGAGUGUGGCGAGGUUUGUGAGCGCAGCCUCUCUCUGUGCUGCGACCUGCUCACCUCUGUGUGUCAGGCGGCGCUGCAGUUCUGCGACGACGCCUUAGACUGCCACCUGCAGGUCAUUGUGGGGACUCUAACGGCACAGGUGACCAGUCGGCCUUUUAUCUCCAAACAGGUGUUGAGUUUGCUGCAGUUUCUCAUCAUAGAAAAUCAGCAGAAGUUAAAAGAAGCCAUCCAAAGUUUGGAGCCUUUCCCGAACCUUCCUGAAUUCAAAGAGCUCCGUUCUAUACAGCACAAACUCAAAUACAACGACGGUACAUUCACGCUGAAACAGGAGAUCACCCACUUCCUGUCAGUAGCCUCCUGUGACUCCUUACCUCUGACCAGACUGGAGGGCCUUAAGGAGCUGACCAGACAACUGCAUCUCAACAAGGAACAGAUUAGAGAUCUGCUCAAAGAGUGUCAUGCUGAGCCCUCUGAUAGUGUGCUGGUCAAGCUCAUUCUCAGUCUGCUGCAGCUUUGUAAGCUAGCAGUCAACCACCCCGGAGGAGCUGAGAUUCUCGAGGCAGCAGGGAGCUGCCUGGGAGAGCUGGGUCCAGUCGACCUCUCCACCAUCGCCCUGCUUCACGGCAGAGACACCCUCUAUAAGAAGGCCGCGACUCUGUUUUCCUCCACUGACUCUCAGAGUCUUUACAUCAUCCUCAACUGCAUGAACGAGGCGCUCACACAGCAGCGCAUCGAGGUGAAGCGGGCGGCAGCGCAGUGCCUGAAGCGGAUCCUGGCCACUCAGGCUGGGGUGGAUUUCUGGGACCUGCAUAAAAGUAACCGAGACCCCAUGCUGGCGUACCUGAAUCCGUUCAGAACAGCCAAGAAUAAGUUAACAGCUAUAAGUGUUGUGGAGAAUCUGGAGGCCAAGGCAAAACUGGAGAGCCAGGAGUUUUGGAUUCCUCUAAUGGGCAGCCACAGGACCUGGAUAAGGGAGCUUUGCACUGCUCUGCUCGACAGUGGAGGCGUCAGGAGCCAGCCUCUGCUGCUCUCACGAGACCUGUGUCUGGUCAGUGCAGACCACUGCCAGAGGCUGCUGCCCCUCAUCAUUCACUCCAUCCUGUUGGAUGAUACCUCCGGUUCCUGGAGGGAGCUGCUCUCCUCCCACAUCCAAGACUUCUUCAAUUUCUGCGCAAGAACCGCUCAGGCUGUCAGUCGGUCUGCCACACCUCUCAUCCCGGAUUCCUCAGAGUCCCCCACUCCGACGCAGAACUCAUGUGACAAGACCUCUCUGCGGACCAUGCUGGCUGUUAUUGACUACCUGAGACACCAGCAGAGACCGCUGGAAUUUAAGAAUGCAACAGUGUGUGACUCUAACUUUUGGCUGGACCUGAACUACCUGGUCGUGGCCAAAGCUGCUCAGUCCUGCUCGGCUCACUUCACCGCUCUGCUCUACACCGAGAUCUACGUUGACAAGAUCAAAGCCAACAUGGAGGAAAACUGCAGAACCAAAUCCAGAGCGUCACGCAAAAUCAAUUUUGAAGCAAACAGUCAGACCCUCACCAUCUCCAGUCUGACUGAGAAGAGUGUGGAAGACGUCAACAUCAGUCUACAGGAGCUGCUGAUUGAAGUUUAUCGCAGCAUUGGCGACCCGGACAGUCUAUACGGCUGUGGAGGAGAGACCAUGAGCAGCCCGUUGAUAAGGAUUCGAACCUAUGAGCACGAGGCUUUGUGGGGAAAAGCUCUGACCUCAUAUGACCUUCACACCACUCUGCCUGAGGUCACCCGACAAGUUGGAGUUGUGGAGGGCCUGCAGAAUUUUGGUCUGAGCAACAUCCUGGCCACUUACAUGAAGGGUCUGGAGAGUGAGGGGGUGGAGUGGGGCGCUGAGCUGCGAGAGCUUCGCUUCCAGGGUGCCUGGAGGAACAGCCAGUGGGAGUGUGAGCUAGCAGAGAGAAGUGAGAAAUCUAUUCCGGGCUUUCAUGAAUCCAUCUUUUGUUCGCUGCAAGCACUGAGGGACAAAGAGUUCUCCAUAUUCGAUGAAACGCUGAAACAGGCUCGGUGUGCUGAAGUGGAGGAGCUCUGCAGGGACAGUCUAGAGGCUGUGUCUUCUCUGUACCCGGUCCUCAGAAACCUGCAGAGCAUCAAGGAGCUGGAGAGUGUCAAGCAGCUGUUCUGCAGGCCUUUCUCUGAUCUGGCUCUGAACGACAUUUGCCGUCAGUGGCGUCAGCACUCCCAGCUGCUGGCAGACAGCGACUUUGCUGUGGUGGAGCCCAUUCUGGCGGUGCGGUCUGUGGCCCAACAUGCCCUCCUGUCCAAAGUGGGAAACUCAAACAGCACAGAGAGCCUCAGUUCUGCGCUCACAGACCAUCUCAUGGAGCUCAGUCGUUGGGCUUGCACGGCUGGCAACACUCAGCUUGCAGAGCGUGCAGUCCACCAGAUGAAGAUGCAGGGGGGGGCAAGGACCUCAUGGCAGCUGGAGGAAGCCCAGGUCUUCUGGGCAAAGGGAGAGCAGGGUCUGGCUCUGGGCCUGCUGAGACAGAUGAUUCACAGUCUAGAGGAAAAGGUGGAUUUAGACCCUACUGUGGUUCCUGCGUACACCGAGAGCCUCCGACUCUGUGGGAACUGGCUGGCUGAAACCUGCUUGGAAAGUCCUGGAGUUAUCCUGGAAAAAUACUUGGAGAGGGCAGUGGAGCUGAUUGAGGGCGAAUGUGGAGGCCAGGACUCCCUUCUCCAGAGCCAGCAGACAGAGGCUUUCUUAUCUCUGGCUCGCUUCUCCGACGCUCAGUACCAGAGCAUCGACAAAUACAUGAACUCCUCUGAGUUUGAGAACAAGCAGGCGCUGCUGGAAAAGGCCAAAGAGGAGAUGAACUUGAUGAGGCAGCGCAAAGUCACCUCCAACAGGUACACAAUAAAAGUGCAGAGAGAGCUGGAGCUGGAUGAGAAAGCCCUGUCCAACCUGCGGACAGACAGACAGCGCUUCCUGUGUAAGGCGGUGGAGAACUACAUCCGCUGUCUGGAGCAAGGCGAGGAGCACGACACCUGGGUGUUCCGCCUGGCGUCGCUCUGGCUGGAGAAUGCCGACAUCAAAGUGGUGAACGACGCCAUGAAGAAAGGAGUGAAGCAGAUCCCAUCCUACAAGUUCCUGCCACUCAUGUAUCAGCUGGCCGCUCGCAUGGGAACCAAGAUGGCGAACGGGACCUCCGAGGACACGGGCUUUCACGAUGUCCUUCAUGACCUCAUGUGUCGAGCUUCCCUGGAGCAUCCUCACCACACGCUCUUCAUCAUCUUUGCUCUGGUGAAUGCCAACAAAGACGAGAACUUUGGUACGGCUCGGCUGUCCAAGAGCUCUCCCCGGCAGAUCACACCUUUUGACCAGGAGCGCUCCCAGGUGGCUCAGAAGAUCAUCAAUGUGAUCAGGAAAAAGCGUACUGAGAUGAUCCGAGGAAUUGAGCGCCUGUGUGACGCUUACAUCACUCUGGCUUACAUGGAUGCAAGCAGACACAAAACGGAGAAAAAGGCUAUUCCCAUCCCAGCCGACCAGCCCAUCAUGCAGAUCAGGAAUCUUGAUGAUGUGAUAAUCCCAACCAUGGAGAUUAAGGUGGAUCCGUCUGGUUGCUAUGACGACUUGGUGACUGUCAGAUCCUUCUUGCCCCACUAUCACUUGGUUGGAGGGGUCAACCUGCCCAAGAUCAUCGACUGUGUGGGUUCUGAUGGCAAGAGCAGAAGACAGCUGGUCAAAGGUCAGGACGACAUGCGGCAGGACGCAGUGAUGCAGCAGGUCUUCAGCAUGUGCUCCAUGCUGCUGCAGCGCAACAAGGACACUCGGAAGAGGAAGCUCAACAUCCGAAGAUACAAG